AUGGCUUCAGCAAACAGCAGCCUGAAGAAAUAUGGUAACACUAAAGUUGACCUUUUGAGUGAAGAGCAACAAGAUGUACUUCGAAACAAAGGCAGUAAAAUAGAGAGAUUGCAAUCUGAUAUUACUCAACUAUCGAAACCAUUACUUCAGUCGGAAGGUUCUUUGAAUUGGUCCAAGCAUGUUACACCUGCUACGUUAUCGAUAUUCCAUGACGAAAAGAGCUGGAGCGGUAUUCACACGAUUGAGCCGAAAAAGAAGACCAACAUCAAGGAAUUCAAGGAUUCAUAUGGCCUGAGUUGGCAUCAAGUGAGGGACGCCAUGCAUCUGGAAUCAGAAACUGAGAGCGUCUCAGAAAGCGGAUCUCCAGUGACGACUCGCUUGGAUGUAAAGGACAUGGAUAUAUUUGGUUCAAUGCCCUUGGAGGAGGAAUUUGUAGUUGUAAAAUGCAAAAACUGUCAACGGCCCAUACUACCAAGCAAAUUCAAAGAGCAUUCGGAAUCAUGUAUUGGAGCGACCUUUACAGAUGACGAUGAAGAGGAAGAGCCAGAUACCAGAAAGAAAUUGAUAAAGAACAUGAAGAAAAAGGCUACGGCACUGGAGGAUGAGUUGAGUACCCCUUCCACAACUGCGAAAAGACCACCCACAGUGCUCAUAGAAAAACCUGACAAGAAAAAGAUGAAAAAGGAAAAGCAAAAGAAGACCACAAAACAGAAAGCUCCAUUAGAUUUGGAUAAACAAUGUGGCGUCAUUCAGGGACAAAACAACUUGCCGUGUACUCGAUCGCUUACAUGCAAAAGUCAUUCAAUGGGUGCCAAACGUGCAGUCGAAGGGAGAUCACAGAAGUACGAUGUGUUGUUGCAAGCUUACCAGAAAAAGUCAAUCGGCCGGCCCAAUGGUAAGGAACAUGUAGCUAAGAACAAGGCUCCUGCAUCCAACACUGCUGCAUUCACUGGUAUCAAUGGCAAUGGAACUACAUCUGGAGGAAAAUCGAUAAAGAAUCUCAAGAGAUUACAAGGCCAACAGAUGCCGCCAUCUGUAAAUGGUAAUAAUGGCUCGAAUAGUAGUGGCAUCAAAUCGAAUUCGGCAUCAACUCAGCUAAAUGAGGAACCAUUCGUUGACUCGGACGAAGAGGUAGAAAAUGUGAUGCAGGCUCUCAAGCUCAGCCGACCGACUCCAUUGGCACAGAAGCCAUUUUUCUUUGUCAAACGUAGACGUCAGUGCUUUCGUCUACGAGAUGUUUUAUUGGAUUCAAUUACUCCCAAAUCAGCAACUACAAAUGACAGCCAUACUCCAGCUUUACCAGUAGUAGAUAGCCGAUAUACAAACUACGCUAGACAACAGCAGCAGCAACAACAAUAUCAACAACACUAUCAGCAGCAGCAGCAGCAGCAGCAGCAGCAGCAGCAACAACAGCAGAUGUUCAAUGGUAUGGUCAUAGGCAACAACACCUUAUACGGCGAAAACCCUAAUAAUAUCAAUGCGUCAUUCUCUGUACGAUAA